GAAAGUUGUGCGUUCUGCGCACGCGCUCCUGGGAUUAAUGUCAAGGCACAAAAGUGGCGCUACACCGUUUCGAGCUCUACUCCGGUGGUUGCCUUAGUGAUGGAUGGGGAGCCAGAACCAAACCCUGCCAUAGCAGAAGAGGCAGGGGAGCGGGUGGAGCCCAUGGAUGCCACUCCCUCCCCCAAGCAAGAGACCACGCCCCCAUUCAAGGAGGAGGCUGGGGAGUCAGUUUCCAUGGUAAGGGAAGAAGAUGGGGCCACAAAAGAGGGUGGCACAGAGGACAAUGAUGACGACGUGGUCCUCAUAGGGGAAGAGGAUCCCCAGCCUUCUGUCACAACCCUUCCCCAAGACACACCAAGCACAGACAGCCCAGAGCCGGCUGCUGCUGGGGUAACUGUAGACAUGUCCACGGCAGAGGUGACCCCCAGUUCUCCUGCGUCUUCCAGCACUUCCACAACGACGGCAGUGGCUGCACCUCCUAAACCUCCAACCACAGAAGCAGAGCCCAUUGUCAUUGAGGACGAGGAGGACCCCGAGCAGAAAGACACUUCCUACUCCUCACCAGCGCACCCUGCAGGCUCCUCAGAAUCACACUCACCAGGUGUACUCAGCAGCACCGAGCCAGAUUCAGAGAUCAGGAUCGCCAGCGUCACCACACUGGGCUCCAGUAGCCAGAAAGGAGGCGCCACUGUUUCUGCGGCAAAUACACCUCCACAUGCAGUGGACGGUGAGGAAGACAUGAACCUGAUGAUAACCUCAGUGACAUCACUGCAGGGCAGGGUGACGACUGUCACAGCGGCAGGUGAAGGCCAGGCAGAGGAAAAUGGUCUGCAGAUUAGCAGUGCAUUCAGCCUGAAUCCUGACACCCCAUCUGGUCGACCAACAGCCUCCUUCAACCCUGGGCGGGGCUCAGCCCCCUUGGGCCAGCUGGUACAGAAUGGAGACACGGGGACGCACAACAGAACAGACUCGUGGAUCUCCCAAUCAGCUUCAGUACCCCGCAACCAAAAACAGACGGGUGUCGACUCUCUGUCACCAGCCACCUCCCUGCCCAAACCUCCAGGCCAGUCUUCCUCAUCUACUUCCUCCUCAGGUGCCCAGCCACAGCCCAGGACAGUCAAGGUGACCUGUGCCAACUGUAAAAAGCCUCUGAAGAAAGGCCAAACGGCCUACCAGCGCAAAGGCUCCACACACCUGUUCUGCUCCACUACCUGUCUCUCUGCCUUCUCACACAAACCCGCCCCCAAGAAGAGCUGCACCAUGUGUAAAAAGGACAUCACAAACAUGAAAGGUACCAUCGUGGCCCAGGUCGACUCCAGCGAGUCUUUCCAGGAGUUCUGCAGCACGGGCUGCCUCGGAGCAUACGAAAACAAGCAAAACCCGCCCAAAUCUGGCCUCAAAACCAAAUGUACUGUCUGCGGCAAGCUCACAGAGAUCCGGCACGAGGUCAGCUUUAAGACGGUGACCCAUAAGAUCUGCAGCGACACAUGUUUUAACGUUUACCGCCGGGCCAACGGGUUGAUCAUGAACUGCUGCGAGCAAUGUGGCGACUACCUGCCCAGCCGAGCGUCGGCCAACCACUUCCUGCUGGUUGACGGCCAACAAAAACGAUUUUGCUGCCAGAACUGCAUCAAGGAGUACAAGCAGGCCCACAGUAAACUUGCAACCUGCUUGACGUGCAAGACGCUGAUUAAGACGGGUGAGGUGCUUCACAGCCUCGGAGCGGGCGGCACCAUGGGCUCCUACUGCUCCGUCAACUGCAUGAACAAGGGCAAGCUGGCGUCGACCUCCUUCAUCACCACAGAGCCCACAUGUCACUUCUGUAAGAGGAAUUCGUUACCGCAGUACCAGGCCACGCUGCCAGAGGGAAACAUCCUCAACUUCUGCAGCUCACAGUGUGUUACCAAGUUCCAGAACGCUACUCUUCAAACAGCCACCAAUGGUCAAACCCCGCUCUCCACCACAAACAACACCGUCCAACUGAAAUGUAACUACUGUCGAGGAACGUUCAGCUUGAAGCCCGAAACUCUGGAGUGGGAGGAUAAAGUCUACCAGUUCUGUAGUAAGACGUGCUGUGAGGACUACAAGAAGCUCCACUGCAUUGUGACGUUCUGUGAGUACUGCCAAGAGGAGAAGACGCUACAUGAGAUGGUCAAGUUCUCCGGAGUCAAGAGACCUUUCUGCAGCGAAGGCUGUAAGUUGUUAUUUAAGCAGGACUUUAUCAAGCGGUUGGGUUUGAAGUGUGUCAGCUGUAACCACUGCAACCAGCUCUGUAAGCGAGGUUUAACCCGGCCAUUUGGCGGGAUGACCCGGGACUUCUGCAGCGAGGCUUGUGCCAAAAAAUUCCACGACUGGUACUACAAGGCGGCGAGGUGUGACUGCUGUAAGGUGCAGGGUAACCUGACGGAGUCAGUGAUGUGGAGAGCAGAGAUGAAGCAUUUCUGCGACCAGGAGUGUCUGUUAAAGUUCUACUGUCAGCAGAACGAGCCCAUCAUGGUCACACAGAAAGGCCCCGAGAACACCACAUUAGGGUAUGAAGGGGCCAAACUUGGGUUGGUAAACCAAGGCACUGUGGCGUACGCUGGCGGAGGUUUGAUGAGAGACGUCAAGAACAAGGCGGUGCUCUGCAAACCGCUCACACUGACCAAGGCUACUUACUGCAAGCCACACAUGCAGAGCAAACUGUUACAAACAGAUGUAGACGAUGGUGUGAAGAGGGAGUAUAUUCCUGUACCCAUACCUGUGCCUGUCUUCAUCCCCGUGCCCAUGAAUAUGUAUUCCCAGAUGACUCCCACCCCAGUCUCUUUGCCUGUACCGGUCCCUGUGCCUGUGUUCCUGCCAACCACCCUGCAGGGGGCAGAGCAGAUUGUCCAGACCAUCAAGGAGCUGAAGAACGAGGUGCCCUCCGACCCACUGGAGGCCGACCUGCUCUCCAUGGCUGAGAUGAUCGCAGAAGACCAGAAGCCAGAUGUUAAGCCGGUGAAGGUGAAGAGAGAGUGUGGAGGGGAGGAGGCCUCCAGCAGCAACUCUGAGGAAGAGGAGGAGGUGACAGGGACACAGGAGGAAGAGGAAAAGAAGGAGGAGGUGACAGAGAUGCAGGAGAAGCAGGAGGAAGAGGUGAAGGAGGAGGAGGAGGAGUACGAGCCUGAGCUGGACCUGGAGGCAGACUUCCCUCAAGCCUCAGACCCUGUUCCUGUCCUGGAGGGGAUGGACGAGGACAUGGGCUUCUCUCUACCUCCAGUCCUGGCUGAGGAGAAGGAGGAGCUGGAGGAGUCUGCACCUCGACCACAGCCCAGGAGACAAGGGAACAAGAGGCAGGCAGUGGAGGAGGGCUCAGAUCUGGCCUUGUCCUCUUCUUCCCAUCUAACAGACAGACGCUCAGAAGGACGGUCGCUGCCUCUCAAGGCUCGAUACGGCAUCCAUGCCUGGAAACGCUGGGCGUUGUCUCCUUCUGACCAAUCAGACGACACCAAAGUAAAAGAAGGCUCCAAACCAGCAGGACGAUCUAAAAGCAACCUGCUGUCGCUGAGUUCAGAGGAGCUGAACGUGGCUCUGUCCCGGUUUGUCACGGAGGUCUGCAGGCCCAGCGGGGAGCGCUACUCUCCAGACAGCAUCCUCUACCUCUGCCUGGGGAUCCAGCAGCACCUACACGCCAAAGGCCGGAAGGAUGACCUGUUUAGCGACCCGUGCUACCAGCAGUUUGGAGAAGAGCUCAACAAGGUCCUGAAGGACUGGCAGCCCAGCGUGCUACCUGAUGGCUCUCUGUGGGGUCGGGUGGAGGAGCAGAGUCUGUGGAGCAGCCGGCAGCUCGGGGAACAGAGUCCGGAAUCUCUGCUGCGCUCGCUGGUUUACCUGAACACCAAAUACUUCGGCCUGCGCACCGUGGAGCAGCACCUCCGCCUCUCCUUCGCCAACGUCUACGGCCCCGACACCGUCCAUCCUGUCAGCAAGGAGACCACCGUCUGCAUCCGCGUGCCUUCCAUCUCUCAGGAUCACCACGUGCAAACCGAGUCGAGGAAGAGGAAGCGCACGUUGGAGGACAGCGAUCAGGACUACCAACCAGACGACGACUCAGGAGGCUCCACCGUACGCUGCCCGGUGAAGAAGCAUGAGUGUCUUCUAUAUGACCUCUACAGAUCAAAGUGCCCGGCGUUGUUGCAGAAGCGUCUCGACGUCUUCUACGUCCAGCCGGAUCCGGCCUGUGGUCCCGACGACCCGCUGUGGUUCAGCUCCACUCCACUGGAGCGAAGGAUCCUGGAGAGCCUCCUCACUAGAGUCCUCCUGGUCAGGGAUGUUUACACAGACAAACAACACCUGGAGGAGGAGGACGGGGUUGAAGCAGCUGGCGGAGAGUAGCAGUCACUUUGACCUCUGUUAGCAGAGCCUGAACAGUCAGCCGAGGAGGAGGAUAGGUAGUAGUGUGUGUGCUCCUCCCCCGUCUUAUCCUCCUCCCUAACUUUCUGUUUCCUCCUGGUGAGGAGCGUCCACAACGGAGAAAGAAAAGGGAUGAUGAAAGUGGUGAUGAAGAGCAGCCCAAACUUUUACUUCUGCUGAUAGAUUCACAAACAGGAGGAGGUCAUAAACCAGAAGAGGAGGCACAAUGAGUCCUGGUUAGUUGGGAUUAAUGAGUGAGAGCUGUUUGUUUUAUUGGUCAAACCGUAAAAUCAGGUAGAAUAAACAAGGUGUAUGGCUGGUUAUCAUGAGUAUAUUUUGAAUUUGAUACAAUUAUAUUCCUCAGAUCAGCAGCGUAACAAUGUUUUUAACACAACCAUGCUUAAACAAAAGCUUAUCACCAGGAGGCUGCAAGGAGAUGAGAGGGACAGGAGGUCAUGCAGGUAUUUUCUUCUGCUCAAAUCAAAGAGGGAGUGCAGGAAGAGAGUAACCUAAUUUUUUCUGUAAGUGAGAAAGAGGGCAGACAAAAGGUUUGGGUAAAACCCAGAUAGGUAAGAGAAGGACUCAGUUGUUCGGUUAUAAUUCUGUUUUGGAUGUAACAUAUAAACACAGGUAAUGGGUAGGGCUUUUUUUCUUUGCCCUUAUAUUAACUGUUCUCUUUGGAAGCUUAUUACCAGUAAAAAGACAAAAAAAUAAGACUAUAACAAGGAUCUUGCAAGUCAUUACAAUGAGAAACUUUAUGGAAAUGACUUUCUAUCGCACAAUUCUGAAAAGCUUUCUUAAAAUAAUGACAUGUCUCAGAACAAGUAAUGACUUUGUAUCUCUAACCUUUUUAUGCAGAGAUUAUACAAGGCCAUCAAACUCAGUGCAUCAUUAAGAAUAAAAUAGCUGUAAAUGGCCGUCUCAAUUGUCGUAAACCGUCUUAAAGGGAUGGUACGCAUUUUUUUGAAGUGUGGUUGUGUGAUGUACUUAUCCAGUGGGUGUAUUAGCAGUGUUGGCAUGGAAGCUAAAUAGAGAACUGAUGUGGUCUAAUGUAUUCUAGCCACUUAGAUAAAGGCCAACAAGUUCAGUUUAAGGAAAUUUAGAAAAAAAUGAAACUAUUUAAUAUGCCGUCAGACAGCCUUUUUAUGUUUACCUGACUGGGAAUUGAAGAUAUCAAUGCUUUUUCAAAGCCACCAGACUCCAUUGAGAAAAAUGGUUAUUUUACCUUACAGAACACAGGAGUUGUUUGUCUACUACUGCCUCAAUUGUUAAGUUUGUUUUUGUUAUUGCGUAACUCUGGUGAUUAAGUGUUAUUUCUAAAUCACCAAAGUCACAGAAUUAAUGCAAACAAAUGUUUUUGUUAAUGGAGAUUGGCAACUUUGAAGAGAGCAUAGAUAUAUAAAAUAUUCUAAAUAUACAUACAUUUAAAUGUCUUCUGCGCUGGUACUCCUGCCUGCUCCUCCACACUGGGGGCUUGCCAUCUGCUAUAAGUAAUACACUGACUGAUUAAAUACCUCGUACAGCUUUACUUCAACCAAAUGGUACUUAAGGGGUCUAAUCAGGUAAAAUAGGUAAAAUCACCUGUGUUGGGGCCUUUAAGGUUAAGUUGAGCUUUAGUGUAUUUUGAUGAUUGACAGUUUUUUAAAAGUAAUGCUUUGUAGCGCUGACAGUCCAGUAAGUGCAUAAGGGAAACCUCCAGUUAGAGAAAAGCUGCCAUGUUUUUGCUCAUUCACUGCAAGAAGAUGGAGUUUCUGACUUUCCAACGCAGUGCUAGGACCAGCAGCCUCUUCUCCUCUGUCAGGGCGACCCUCUCCAUUAUCACUGGGCUGCUUUCAUUCCUUCCCAUCAUCCCGCUCACUGCUCUUCCUCUGUCAGCUGCUCUCAGGCGAAAAAACCUGCAGCACCACGGUGGACUCCAGGAGUCAAGACUGAUCCCAGGACUCUAAACCUCGUGUUCUCUCUUUUCACCUGACUCGCUGGCGUGUGUGGUGCAGCUGAGUGAAAGGCAACCUGCCGACAUGCUGCGUUUCUUUCUAGGACUUUAGAGGAACCCUCAUUCAUGCGAUGUAGCAUUACGUGCGUACUAAGCCCAGAUUGGGUUGCUUUUGAAGUGUAAAUAUCUGAAACAAGGUGGUAGUUCGAGUCAACGCGGAGAGAGGGACACUGUAGUUUGUACGGGAAAGAAAAACACCCACUAAAACCUUCAGCUUGAAAAAAACCCACCUCCCGAAAAGCCUUUUUUUUUUUUUUUUCUCCUUUUUUUUUAAAAACACUCAUUAUUUAUUUAUCUUUUUAAUAGUUUAUCUUUAUGUUGGGAUGGGACUUCUUUUUUUGUUUGGGUGCCAUUUCAUUCAUCAAAAACCUGCUGCAGCCUCUUUUUCGUCCGUUUUUAAAAAGGGUAUUUGUUCAGGAACCUGCUAAACAUGAAGGACACGGAUUAUCAAGAGACUUUUUUUUUUUUUUUUUUUUUUUUUUUAUGUUUCUGCUUUUGUCCCGGUGUUAUCCUGACAUUUCAGUCUCCUUUAAACUUAACACUUUAAGUUUAAAAACUGAGCACUCUUCUUCUUCCGAGCUGUUUUAGAGUGCUAGCACUGCAAAGCAAAAACUUGUAUUGUUACGACGAACUAUGAACUAAAGUCAUGUUUUUCAUUAUGCAUUGUUUAUUUCUUUAUUUUCUAUUUAUGUGGUAAAGUCCCCCUUUUUUACGUUUUCAUUUGAGUUCUGAUGGUUUCAAUAAAUUGGAGAAAGUGUCAUUAAGUUUAAAAUCAAGUGAAGGUUUUCUUUUUCUAUUUCCUCCUUGAUCACUUAUUAACUUUCAUCUAAAUAGGGAAAGAUGUCAAACAGGCUAAAAUGUACACUCAAACAAAAUGUACGUUUCUACAACCAGUGCUCAAAAUAUAAGGAACAGCCUCCAUAUGUUGAGUUUGAACAACCAUUAACACAAUAUCUUAAAUGAAUUUCUCCUGACAAGGAAUAAGGGAAACCAAUUAUUUCAUGUGAAGAGCAGCUGUUCCUGUUAUCUUUGACACUCUUUGGUGUGUUUCAUGGAGGAGUAACAUUUCAGGAUCAAAGGUUUGUGGACACUGAUCUGGAUUUCUGACUCCAGAUCAGUGUCCCCAUCCUCAAAAACCUUUGGAAGUUAACAGAACUGACCCCUGAUCUGAGGGACCCUGGUUUACCUGGCGGAUUUUUACUGCUGGACUAGGAGGCAGCGACCGAACCUGCCACGGGUUUGGACCUACAGUCGACGCUGUGGCUGGCUUUAACGCCUAAUGUGAAUGUGCCUAUCUGUAUAUACUGAAAGUGAGUGAUUGUGACUUGAGUCUGAUGCUAUGUGUGUGGGCUGAUCUGCUGAUACGGUCAUGUUAAAUAAAUGAUUUCAUUUUCUAA